UUAGAACUUAGAAAAGAUGUAUCCUUUUUCCCUAUUCUAGUAUAUUAGAUGACGUUUACCUAAAAGAGAUGGAAGAUGAUGAUGAUCAGGAAGCACAUCUUCUCGAAUUCGGAAUCGUAUCAGGAAUUUUCCCACUCUUUUUGCUCCCAUUGACGUACGCAACUAGCUGCCACUCUUCUCGCAUCUUCAGUUCUGUUGUUCGCCGGCGACGUUCUCUCUUCUCCAUACCGUAACAUCUCUUCAGUCACAAGGAAGGAUUAGGACCUUAUGUAGCUUCCGGAGGGAGUGGUUCAUCGGGAUUCUUCCUUUUUGCCGCCAAAUCCGAGGUGAAUUGCUGCUCAUUUUCACCACUUUUAAUUCCGAUCUAUGCCGGCGAGAGGAAUUUAGGUUUUUUUUUGACAUCAACAAUUAGGAAGGGCAAAAUUGUCUUCUUGUUUCGAUUUCAAAGCCUCAAGCUUUUUUUCCCUCUAGGUGUUUCUUGGUUUCUCAUAAGUAGUGUGAUUGAUUCAGGAGUGCUAAAUCUGCCAUCUUGAUUCUCUUGAAAGCUUUUUCAACUCACAAACACACACACAAAAAAAAUGGGUAAUAGUUUGUCCGUUGAAUCUCCAUCUCUGUUGAAGCGAAAGUAUUUAGACAACCUGGAGGAAAAGCUUGAGGCUUUGCAGAAAGAAAUGCAAGACCUCAACGCAAUCAGAAACGAUCACUCCAAACGGCUAUCCGAGAACACACAAGGUCUACAAGAAGUCAAAGAAUGGGUUUCAAUGGUCCAAGAGAUUGAACCGAGAGCCAAUCGUCUACUUGAUGAAAGUGUCUCUGAAAUGCAGAGAUUAUCAAGGUAUGACUAUGGUUCCCUUCUCCCUGCAUCGACCUUUCGUUAUAGUGAAAAGGUACUCAUGACUCUUGAACAAGUUAAAACUCUGAGAACUAAGGGUUUUUUUGAAGAUGUCGUCUCUCGCAGACCUCUUCCGCCUCUUGUGAUAAAGAUGCCCCCGAUUCAACUAGCUCUUUCUCAACAAAACUUGUUUGAAAGGGCGUGUCAGUUUCUAGAGGAACAAAAUGUUGGGGCUUUGUGUAUUUAUGGUAGGGCUGGAGUAGGCAAAACCACCCUUCUUACUAAAAUCAAAAACAAGUUUCUUCUAGAAGCAUUUGGUCUUGUCAUCUUUGUUGUUGUCAAGUCUGAAGUUGUCGAGAGCAUACAGGACGCAAUCAUCGGUCGAUUAGGCCUACUAUGGGGAACAGAAACUAAAGAGGACAAGGCAGCUAAAAUAUAUAUGGCCUUAAAGGGACAGAGAUUUUUGUUGUUAUUGGACGGCAUCCAGAGGGGAUUGGAUCUUGAUGAAAUUGGAGUUCCUUUUCCCAGCCAAGAAAAUGGAUGCAAAAUCGUGCUCACCACUCGAUCUCGGGAAGCAUGUGAUGAAAGCAAGUGGGUUGAUGCUAAGGUAGAAGUUACAUGUUUGAGCCCAGAAGAAUCGUGGGAUUUGUUUCAAGAGACAGUCGGAGAGAAAACGUUGAGAAGUCAUCAAGACAUACCUAAGCUCGCAAGAGUUGUUGCUAGUUCAUGCCGUGGUUUGCCCCUUGCUCUCAGUGUCAUUGGUGUGGCCAUGUCACGCAAAAGGACUGUACGCGAAUGGCGUUACUCUAUUCAUGUUUUGGCUUCAUCCACAGCCGAGUUUCCAGAUAUGGAAGAUGGGGCUCUUCCCGUCUUAAAGUCUAUCUAUGAUAACAUGAGUGAUGAGAAUAUCAGGUUAUGCUUCCUUUAUUGUGCUUUGUUUCCAGAAACUUGUGAUAUAAGAAAAGAAGAUCUGAUAAACUACUGGAUAUGCGAGGGAAUCCUUGCAAAUGAAGAUAGAGGGAAAGCGGAGAUCCAGGGAUAUGAAAUUAUCUGUGAUUUGGUUAGGAUGCGAUUGCUGAUGGAGGUUGGAAAUGGAUAUUGUGUAAAGAUGCAUGGUUUGGUUCGUGAAAUGGCCUUGUGGAUAGCAUCUGACUUCGGGAGGCAGAUUGAACACUUUGUCGUGGUAGCCGGUGAGAGAAUACAUCAGAUGCCAAUGGUGAACGACUGGGGGAUGGUUAGAAGAAUGUCAGUGACAUCUACUCAGAUUCAGAAUAUAUCAGAUUCUCUCCAGUGUUCCGAGCUUACAACCCUUGUGUUCCAAAGAAACAGACACUUGAAAUUGAUCUCGGGUACUUUCUUUCAGAGGAUGACAAGUCUUGUAGUCUUGGAUCUAUCAUUUAACAAAGAACUUGGUGAAUUGCCGGAAGAAGUUUCAAGCCUGGUGUUGCUGCGGUAUCUCAACUUAUCAUGGACAUGUAUAAAAGGAUUGCCCCUUGGUUUAAAAGAGCUUAAGAGUUUGAUACACUUGGAUUUAGAUUACACAUCUAAUCUUCAAGAAAUUGACGUGAUAGCAAGUUUAUUGAAUUUGCAAGUACUGAGAUUAUUUCAUUCUGUUUCUAUGGAUCUCAAGUUAAUGGAGGAUAUACAACUUCUGAAGAGCCUGAAAGAGUUGAGUCUAACCGUGAGAGGAUCUUCUGCUUUGCAGAAGUUACUAAGGAUCCAUGGGUUGGCAAGUUCUAUCCAACGUUUACAUCUCACUGAAACUACAAUAUCGGAUGGAGGAAGUUUAUCAUUGAAUGCUAUGUUUGGUCUUCGCGAGCUUGAUAUUUUGGGAUGUAAUAUCCCGGAGAUAACCACUGAUUGGAGUAGCACCAUCCAAAGGGACAUUGAGAGAAUUCCACAAUUGCAGAACAUACGCACACUGACUAUUCACGGGUGUGAAUGUGUUAGAGACUUGACAUGGUUGCUGUUAGCCCCGUGUCUUGGUGAUCUAAGUGUAUCUGAGUGUCCGCAAAUGGAAGAAGUAAUUAGCAAAGAGAAAGCUAUGACCAAGCUGGGUCAUACGAGUGAGCAGCCCUUUCAAAAUCUAACUAAGCUCGUCUUAGAUGGUUUACCUAAACUGGAGAGCAUCUACUGGACUCCUCUACCCUUCCCAGUUUUGGAAUAUCUCGAGAUAAGGCGUUGUCCAGAGCUUAGAAGACAUCCAUUCAACUCUGAGAGUGCUGUAGGAAAUCAAGUUGAAAUGAAAAUCGAUGAGAAAUGGAUAAAAGUGGUUGAAUUGGAGGAUGAAGCUACGAAACAACGUUUCUCCCAUAUCAGUAACAGCAAACGGACGGAGUACAUAGACUUUCCACAGAUGGCUGAAGAUCCGACGAUGGAUGGUCUGACUCUGACAUCGGAGUCACAUCCAAUCCAAAACAUUGACCAGGUCGGGACUACAGGAAGUGGAAAGACGGUGGUCCAAUCUGGAACACACGCAACAGCUGUGGAGAACCCUCGCCGUUCUAAUCUCUUCUCGACAGUGAAGGGUUUCUUGUUCUCAGGUGGGGACAAGAAAGGGGUUUCACUGACCUCUAACUCCUCUGACCGCGAAGUCAAUCAAAGCGGGUCAGUGUUUAACUCUCGGGAUGUCUCUGGGACGAGCGCAGAAUCUUCCAUGGGGAGGAAGAACUCGUACCCUACAGUGUCCACUAGAGCAAGUAAUCUCAGACAGUUCAGCAUUACUGAUCUCAAGUCUGCAACAAAGAACUUUAGCCAAUCUGUUAUGAUUGGAGAAGGCGGUUUUGGUUGUGUCUUCAGGGGAACAGUGACGAGUUUAGAAGACCCGUCAAUUAAAAUCGAAGUCGCGGUGAAGCAGCUCGGUAAAAUAGGGGUUCAGGGGCGUAAGGAAUGGGUUACAGAAGUGAACUUCAUCGGGAUUGUUGAGCAUAUAAACUUGGUAAAAUUAAUUGGCUAUUGUGCAGAAGAUGAUGAUGAGCGUGGAAUCCAACGGCUUUUGGUUUUUGAAUACAUGCCUAACCGAAGUGUUGAAUUCCACUUAUCCCCUCGGUCACACACAGUCCUUACUUGGGCCCUCAGAGUGAGAAUCGCCCAAGAUGCAGCUCGCGGCUUAGCAUACCUGCACGAAGAAAUGGAUUUUCAGAUUACAUUCUGCGAAUUCAAGUCCUCGAACAUUCUUUUGGAUGAGGAUUGGAUAGCUAAGCUCUUGAAGUUUGGUUUGGCUAGUUUAGGUUCAUCUGAAGGACUAACCCAUGUUUCCACUUCUGUUGUGGGAACUAUGGAUUAUGCAGCACCUGAAUACAUUCAAACCGGCCGUCUCACAUCGAAAAGCGAUGUAUGGGCUUAUGGAGUGUUCCUCUAUGAGCUUAUCACAGGGAGGCGACCGAUAGACAGAAGCAAACCCAAGGGAGAGCAGAAGCUUCUAGAAUGGGUGAGACCUUAUCUAUCGGACACAAGGAAGUUCAAGCUCAUAUUAGAUCCGAGGCUCGAAGGGAAGUACCCGAUCAAAUCGGUUCAAAAGCUAGCUGUUGUGGCCAACAGAUGUUUGGUUAGGAAUCCAAAGGCACGUCCCAAGAUGAGUGAGGUGUUAGAGAUGGUGACCAAGAUUGUGGAAGCUUCUACAGGGAACGGCAGCCCGCAGCUAGAUCCGUUGAACACUCUAAAAGCUUCUAGAGAUGGGGCGGGAGGACAGAAACAAACCCAAGGGAAAGCAGAAACGUCUAGAAUGGGUAAGACCUUAUCUAUCUGACACAAGGAAGUUCAAGCUCAUAUUAGAUCCGAGGCUCGAGGGGAAGUACCUGAUCAAAUCGGUUCAAAAGCUAGCUGUUGUGGCCAACUGAAGUUUAGUUAGGAAUCCAAAGGCAUGUCCCAAGAUGAGUGAGGUGUUAGAGCUGGUGACCAAGACUGUGGAAGCUUUUACAGGGAACAGCAGCCGGCAGCUAGUUCCGUUGAAUAGUCUAAAUGCUUCUAGAGACGGGGGAGGAAAGAACAAGAGGGUUUUAGAGACGAUGAACAAUGGUGAUGACGGCGGCGGCGGUGAAUGAGGUUGUUUUGGAAAGUUAUGGAACCCAAAGACCAUAGGAGCUUGUUGAUUUCUUAAAAUUUAACUUCAUCUCACGAAUAUAGAAGAGU